UCUGGAGGCACUUGAAGGCUACAUCGAAGAGUGCUACGACCGUCUCGUCAUGGGGAAGCCAUCUAAGACGCCAACGUCUAAAAGAAGCCGCCCGGAGGACUCACCUGGCCAUGUGUCACCACCCGGUACAAACUUCACCGACAUCCUGGAUUCCAUCGACAAGAGGCUGACUUGUUUGGAUGGCCGCCUCGCACUUGUUGAGGUGCUCCACAAGGAAUUCCAAGCCAUCCGUGAGAGUUUGGAAUUCGGACAACAGCAGGUCAUGUCUCUCGCCAAGGAGAAGGCCGCUCUUCGUGAGACUGUUAAAUCCCUCACCGACGGAGUGACGCAACUCACCCGGGACAACAGGAGCAUGAAGGAGACGAUGCUGGACCUCCAGGCGAGAAGCAUGAGGGACAAUCUGGUCUUCGCGGGGAUACCGGAAAAGAGCGAGGAAGAUCCAGAGGAAACCAUCAAGUCCUUCAUGGAACAUCAGCUCAAGCUUCCAGCAGACACCAUCAGGAACAUCACCUUCCAUCGCGUCCACCGGCUUGGAGACAAAAAGCCGGAGAACAGGAGGCCGAGACCCAUCAUAGCCAAAUUGGAAGACUUCAAGCAGAAGGAGCGAGUGAGGAACCAGAGUAGAGAGCUGAAAGGAUCCAACUUCAGCAUCAACGACCAGUUUCCUAAGGAAAUUCUCCACCGGCGACGCCAUUUGUUUCCGCUUCGCAAGAAGUUUAUCACCGAAGGAUGCCGUGCAGUCAUCGCGGUGGAUCAACUUUUCAUCAACGGCCAACUUUACCGUGAUCCGGAAGCCACGCCGUGGCUGUAUUAUUAGCGUCUGAAACACGUCAAAAUACAAGUAAGG